AGUAAGCCGCCUAGUCAAGGAUGAUGUUCUAAAAGGGAUGUUGUCUCUCACUAUAAAUAUAUGGCUUCAUGAGCUCAGAUUGGAGUUAAGGAUUCAACAGCUUUUUUUUGUCAAGAUCAACAACUGGAUCGUGUGUAUACUCAGAGCAAAAGAAAUAUGAUGAUGGAAAGCAGCUUAGGGGACGUGUUAUUGAAGGUGGCGAUGUUUGUCAUAGUCCAAGGAUUGGUCUAUCUCAUCCUUUCAAAAUCAUCCAAUAUUUUCUCCAAGACAAAUGAUAAGAGAUCAUCUAGCUUCAAGACAGCUCGCUCUGUUAGCAUUCGACGGAUUCUUGCUGUUCUACAAGACUUGCCUCCUGGUGGUGAGUUGUCUCCAGCUUCUUCAAAGAGCACGCAAGUGCAAUCCCCUACCGUUGAGAAGUCUAAAGAUCGAAGGUGAUGUAUAGCUAACGGAUUAUGGCUAGCUAGCUCCGCGCGCGCGCGCGCGCAGUGGGUUUAGAUCAAAAUAUAUAUGUUGUGACUACAUACAGCUAGAAGUGAUUUAAUUAGUUGGGCAAAAUUGUGUUUAAGAUGUAGUAUGUAUGAGCGGAUUUGAGUGAUUCUUUAAUUUUUUUGGUUCAUUUUCCAGUAUUGUAUUGAUGUUCAUAUCUGAAGUUGAAAUUAGUUAAUUUGGUAAAGAAUAUAUAGUUUAAGCUA